AUGUUGCGAGUCGGUUCAUGGCUGUACGGCAAGAAGCCGACACAGUCGGUGGACUCCGCCGUUGAAACAAAAGACUUGGUGGAGGCGAUGCAAGCGGCGACGCUCAUCCUCAAUGACGAUGUCGACGGUGCAGAAGCCAAUCUCGCUACAGGGUCCUCGACUUUCCACCUGCUGGGCAAAGGCGUGGUCGCAUUCGUACGAGCGACGUUAGGAUUCGAGCAGGAGAUUAUGCGACAAGCCUCCGAACGACUCGGCGAAGCGGAAACUAGCGCGGGCAACGACCAAACUCGCGCGCAGCAGAACGCCAAUGCCCCCACUGCCUUCCACUCUGAUAUCUAUGCUUCCGGCUCGGAAUAUGCGCUUUGCCAAGCUAUUGCCCAGUUGAUGAGUGCCGUUGUGGGGGUACUGAACGAAAGCCUGACGGAAAGUAUCAAGGCUUUCUACAGACUGAGAAAGGCUUAUAUUACGCUAGACGCCAUUAUGAAGAUGGAAGAAAAGUUUGUGGAAUCACAAAAUCUAAAAAAGGUGCUACUGCCCAGCACCAGCGACCUCUCGAAGUCGAGUGCCGAAUGUCCGCACAACAAGUUAGACUUGUCGAGUCAGACCUCGAAAAGAGAUGGCAAAGUGGCUACAGCUGAAAGUGCUGAGCUCAACCGAUCAUUAACCGGCUUGACCAUAGCCCCAGAGGUAGCGUCUCCGGGUGCCUCGACAGGCAUUUCAACGCCCUCUGCAAAGCACAUUCAUCACGACCCUGAUUCGGAGAUUUUCAAGAACGAAAUCGACGUUUUCGUGCAUUCCGGCUCUAACUUCUGCUUCGGCAUUCUUCUUCUACUAAUCUCCAUGGUCCCGCCAGCGUUCAGCAAGUUACUUUCCAUCAUUGGCUUCCACGGCGACAAGCAACGGGGACUGAGGAUGCUCUGGCAGGCCAGCAAGUUCCACAACUUGAUCGGCGGCAUGGCUGCCUUGGCAUUGCUUGGCUAUUACAAUGGCUUCGUUCGCUACUGUGAUAUCAUGCCUGACCCGACUCCUGGUGAGACCGAUGUCGAAGGGUACCCCCAGGAGAGACUCGCUGCUUUACUGGCCGAGAUGCGGUCCCGAUUCCCUAAAAGUCAGCUCUGGCUGCUAGAAGAAUCGCGCAUGAAAGGUGCGAAUAAAGAUUUGGAAGGUGCUCUUCAGCUGUUGAGCACGAAUACCAAGAGCCCGCUCAAGCAGGUUGAGGCAUUGUGUGUUUUUGAGAAGAGUUUGAAUGCAUUAUUCCUUCACGAAUAUGAUGUCUGCGCUGAGGCAUUCAUUGAGUGCGUGGAUCUCAACUCCUGGUCCCGGUCACUCUAUUACUACAUCGCCGGAUCAUGUCACGUAGCCCUAUACCGACGAAACAUUUCCGACCCCAAGCUGGCCGAAGAACACGCCAAGAAAGCCGCUUUGUACAUCCGCGAAGCACCCGCCCACGCCGGUAAAAAGCGUUUCAUGGCCCGCCAACUCCCAUUCGACGUCUUUGUCACCCGCAAAAUCGCCAAGUGGGAAGCACGUGCCAAAGAGUGGAACGUGCCCCUGGUGGAUGCCAUCGGCGUGGACCCCAUCGAAGAGAUGAUCUUCUUCUGGAACGGCCACAGCCGCAUGACCGAAGCACAGCUCGAAGAAUCCCUCACACGACUAGCCUGGUGUGAAAGCAACGCGAACAAGACCUGGUCCCGGGAAGGCACAGAAGAAAAAGCCAUCCUGGAACUUCUCCGAGCGGCUGUCCUGCGCUCAUUGUGCAAAUACGACGAGGCGAAGAAGAUCCUACAGACUCGCGUGUUGAAUCAUGAUAAGUCCCUGUUCAAGGGCCAUCUGAAAGACGACUGGGUACACCCAGUUGCGCACUUUGAGAUGGCGGCUAACUCCUGGAUGGAGCGUUCUACUUACCAGGCGCUUCAUGGGUUGUCGGCAACCACUCCGGCAGUUGAAUCUGACAUGACAUCCACCCACUCUGGGAGCAGUACCCAGAUAGAAACCGAGAGGAAGCAGGUGCGCCAUUGCAAGGAGUACCUCGACCACGCUGCUCGAUGGGAAAGCUACGAAUUGGAUGCCCGCAUCGGUCUCAAGGUCACAGCUGCCAUGGAGGCAGUCCACAAGUGGGAGAGUAUGCAUCCAUCCACUUAG